AUGUCUUCGAACGUGCCUCCUCCCAAUGCGCCAUCUUCAAAGGCCCAUCCAGGCAUUGUUAAUACGGGCUCGCGACCUUACCGAUCUCACAAAGUAAGAGCCUGCGACCUUUGUCGCAAGCGGAAGUCUCGAUGUACUGUCGAUAUCCCAGGCCAGUCCUGUGUUUUGUGCCGAAUUCAAGGCGCCGAUUGCCACUACCAGGAAGAUUCACUGCCAGAAGAUGCGCCAACUAUCGGCGCCGAUAAAAACACCACCUCAUCGUCGUCUUUUGCGAGUCAUAAGCGCAAGCGGAGGUCCGAGGUGGUUGACCAAGAUAUUGACAGCUAUGACAACUCGUCAUCGGAGCAAGCGAACGGCUCAGCGACCUUCCAUGCUCCUAGCGACAAGCGAGAUAAUGAUAGCUCCCGUCGAAAGGUUGAGGAUCCUCACAAUGAGUCCGUACUGAUCGUGGGCCCAGUCGCGGCAGAGGAUGCCCAAGUAAUUGAGAAGUUCAUGCCCUCGGAACGAUCAAGCAAACAUAUAGAGAAUGGGAAUAAGCCGUAUAAUGUUUAUUCGAACGAUCCCCGGAAGCCGAUUCUUUAUACUACGGUUUCACGACGGCGCCAAGGUGUGCGACUCGGACUUCCCCCUGGUUCGAAUCAGAAAGAGAUAUUGGAGCAUCUACUCGGACCAUUUAAGCAGGAUUUAGUCAGACUUUUCAUUGAUCGAUUCAAUGUGGCUUUCCCGGUAUUCGAUGGCCAAGCGUUUUGGGACGCCUAUAUCUCUAAUGAUACAGAUGAUGAUCCACCGACUACUCUUUUAUGUCAUGUGUAUGCGAUGUCACUGGUCUAUUGGAAGCAUACACCGAAAUUUGCUCGUCACCCGAAGCCUGAUACUCGAUAUGCCAUCAACCUGACUGUAGCAGCAUUGCACGAAGAUUAUUCCGCCCCUGGACUUUCUACUGUCAGUGCGGCAUUACUCGAUCUUACGGGACGGCCUAUUUUCUCCAUGACAGGCAAUGCGAUCAGCUGCGGAAGGCUGGUAUCGCUUGCGCAUUGUUUAGGCCUCAAUAGAGACCCUAGCAAUUGGAAGAUUCCUCUCAGUGAUAAAAAGCAACGAAUCAGGCUGUGGUGGGGUGUUGUCAUUCACGAUCGAUGGGGGAGCUUUGGACAUGGCGUGCCUCCUCAGAUCUCAAAAAGUCAAUAUGAUGUUCCUUUGCCGAGUGUGGAGGUUUUGGUUACCCAGCCCAGAGCUACAAGCCAGCAUAUUCGAGCGGCACAUUGCCACAUCUCUCUCUGUCGCUUGACGGAAAUAUUAGGUGAAUUACUUCCCCUUGUUUACCAACUGCAAAGUAAACCUGGUCGGGAAAACUCCAAGAGACUCAGACAUAUUCGGACCGACUUGGAUACGUGGGAGGACUCGUUGCCGGAAUGGCUUCGAGCUCCAGUUUUGGAGUCUGAAAAUCCUGUUAGCGGAGCGAGUAGCUUACAUUUAGCAUUUCUUGCUGUGAAGAUGCUUGUAUGUCGGGUGGAAUUGCAUGAGGUGAAUAGCACGGAGACCGAUAAUCCAGAAGCUCGUCGAUACUUUCAGACCGAGUGUCGCAAAGCAGCAGAAGAAAUUGUUCAUUUUAUGUGCUCAUUACAACCUGCGAAUUUUAGAGAAUUCUGGUUGCCUUAUAGCGCUUUCCACCUUACCUCAACGGCUACUUUGCUUGUCCGCUGUGCACUAGAGACUACAGACCAAGAAAUCGCUCGCUCUUGCUUGGCAAAUGUCGAUAAUCUGCGAACACUCUUACGAAGAAUCCGCGACGAAGAGGACUUUGACGUUGCCGACAUGUGUCUGGACCACUGCGAAAGAAUCAUCACUCAACAUCCGGAGAUCAGCAACAUGACGACUGCAGCCACUGGUCACACAGAAGAUCAGGCGGUAUACAGAGGUCCCGUCGAGGAGACGAUGGCCAUGAAUCCUGCAGCCAUUAUUCUGCCAGAAACCGCAACACAUAACGAUAUUGUAGACGACAUGAUGUCUAUAUCCGGAACAUUCGGUACGAUGGAUGGCUUCCCAUUUGAUAUGACUGGUAUUUGGGAUGUGUCUGGAUUUCAAGACGUAAAUUUCACCUGAGCGGGCUACAAUUAGUCAUGAAACAUUGAUACGAGCGACGGCGUGAAAUGUCCUUCCAUUCAUUACAUGGGGAACGAACGAAUGUUCCGGUCAAUCAUUCACCGUCAGAUCGUCCAAUCCUUUGGUUUCCCGUGGAAAGGUUGCAAGUCGCAGAUUUGACCUCAAGCAGCGGUCUGGCCUCUGAUAGACAAAGGGUUGCACCGAUAGGAAUUAAAAAUGGGACUGAUCGAGAAAACGAUCGACUAUGGAAUGCGCGAGUCGCUCAGUAAUCUGGAUGUUCGCUUGUUCGCGGCAGGGACCGGCUGCAGCCGGUAUUUACUAAGAUGAUGAGAGAUGGGUCCAUCAACUGU